GUCAAUUGUGCUGUGACCAUUGCAACAAUUCACAUUUUCUCCAGUUGGAUUUAAUCUAGUGCUUGUUCUUGGACUACUUUUUGUGCUAUUUAGUGGUGGUGUUUUGAGGAAUCAAAAAAAAAUUAGUGCAACAGUGGCUUUUCCAAUUACUGUGUACUGGAUAUCACAAACCCCUGGAUUACUUCUCUGUGGAUUAUUCCCUUUGGAUUUUCAGUGCAUUUUCCGUGUGGAAUUACCCAGCAGAAUAAUCAAAUUGUGAAAGUGAAAAUUGUACAGAUUUUUAUACUUCAUUUCUGUGUGGAAGAAGUGAAUACAGUGAAGCUACUAAAUAAAGAACAACUUUUUGCAUCCGAAACCAUUAGAGUUGGUUGAAGAUGAGUUGUAGAGGUGUAACACCAGUUCUACGCUCUCGGACCCAUGCACGGUGUCCCGAAGAGGAAAUUGUGAUUACGGGGAUUUCAGGAAAAUUCCCAAAUUCAGAUAACAUCGGGGAAUUUGCAAAGAAUCUCUACAAUAAGGUGGAUCUUAUUGAUGACGAUGAACGUCGUUGGCGUCACACGUACGCCGAAAUCCCUAAGAGAUCCGGAAAAAUCAAUCAUCUGGAGAAAUUCGACGCCACCUUCUUCGGGGUGCACUUUAAGCAAGCCCACACCAUGGAUCCCCAAUCGCGUCUCCUUGUCGAGAGAGCCUAUGAGGCUGUCCUCGAUGCAGGAAUCAAUCCCAAGUCUCUCCGUGGGACACGAACGGGGGUCUUCAUUGGUGCUUGUUUUUCCGAAUCUGAGAAGACUUGGUUUUACGAGAAGGUCUCUACGGGAGGUUUCGGUAUCACAGGAUGCAGUCGUGCUAUGAUGGCCAAUCGCAUUUCCUAUUCUCUUGGCCUUCAAGGACCAUCUUUGCUCACUGAUACAGCCUGUAGUAGCUCUAUGACAGCCCUGGAUGUGGCAUUCAGUGCAAUGAGAAAUGGAGAAUGCGAGGCUGCAAUUGUAGGUGGAGCCAAUCUCCUGUUGCAUCCAUAUGUAACUCUUCAGUUUGCGCGACUGGGUGUACUUUCAAUGGAUGGCUACUGUCGACCCUUCGACAAGGAUGGCCAAGGAUACACUCGCUCAGAGGCAAUUUGCUGCAUCUUUCUGCAACAAGCAAAGGAUGCAAAGAGGAUUUACGCUAAAAUCCUAUACUCCAAGGUGAAUUGCGAUGGCUACAAAGAAGAAGGAAUCACCUAUCCAUCUGGACAAAUGCAGAGGAAACUUCUCACGGAAUUCUACCAAGAAGUUGGUAUUGAUCCCAAAGCAGUUGACUUUAUGGAAGCCCACAGCACCGGUACACUUGCUGGAGAUCCUGAAGAGUGUUCCGCCUUAGAUGCUGUUUUUUGUACGGGAAGAGAUAAACCCCUUCCAGUAGGCUCCGUGAAGAGCAACAUUGGGCACUCAGAGUCUGCAUCUGGAACUUGUAGCAUUGCCAAAGUGAUCAUAGCCAUGGAGAAUGAUCUCAUCCCGCCAAAUAUCCACUUUACAGCUGUACGUCCAGGAAUCCCAGCUCUCAUGGAAGGACGCCUUCAGGUUGUUACUGAGCCCACAAAACUCGAAGGACCCCUCAUCGGGGUGAAUUCUUUCGGUUUUGGCGGUGCCAAUGCUCAUGCUUUGCUCGAAGCAAAUCCCAAGAGAAAGGUCAAUUUCGGUAUACCAGAAGAUGAUCUUCCGAGACUGGUUAUUUGGUCAGGACGAACGGAGGAAGCUGUUAAUGAAGUUUUGGACUUUAUGGUUACUCGACCUCUUGAUGCAGAAUUCGUUGGAUUGUUGCACAGUACCCAGAUGGACAGCGUUUCUGGGAAUGUCUUCCGCAGCUACGGGCUCUACCGGAAGGAUCCCGAUGGUGGAAAUGCGAUUUGCCUCAGUCGUGAAGCUCAGCACUAUACUGGAGUAAAGAGACCAGCAGUCUGGGUUUUCAGUGGCAUGGGUAGCCAAUGGUGUGAAAUGGGAACAUCCUUGAUGCAAAUUCCAAUGUUCCGGAAAUCCAUUGAACGCUGCCAUGAAAUCCUAAAGCCCAAGAAUCUCGAUUUAAUUGGCAUUCUCACUUCUACUGAUCCCACAACAUACGACAACAUUCUGCAUUCUUUCACUGGCAUUGCUGCAAUUCAAAUUGCUCUCGUUGACAUUCUGCGUUCUCUCAAUCUAGAGCCUGAUUACAUUAUCGGACACUCAGUCGGUGAAUUGGGUUGUGCCUAUGCUGAUGGAUGCUUCACAGCUGAAGAAAUGAUUCUGGCUGCUUACUGCCGUGGAAAAGUUAGUGUAGAAACCGAAAAGAUCUUCGGCUCAAUGGCUGCUGUUGGUCUAGGCUACCGCAAAAUUCGCAGCCUUUUACCAGCAGGAAUUGAAGUAGCUUGUCACAAUGGCCCAGAUUCGUGUACAAUUUCUGGUCCUGCUAAGGCAAUUGAGAAAUUCGUAGCCGAACUGAAGAGCCAAGGGGUUUUCGCAAAGGAAGUUCCAUGCUCAAAUAUUGCUUAUCAUUCACGCUACAUUGCCGACAUGGGACCAAGAUUCAAAGCUUUGCUCAGUGAAGUAAUCCGUGAGCCUAAGAAGCGUUCCCCACGGUGGCUCAGUACGAGUGUUCCGAAACAGAGAUGGGACUAUUCCGAGAACCACUACAGUUCGGCACAGUAUCACACGAAUAAUUUGCUGAAUGCUGUACUUUUUGAGGAAACUUCAGCUAUGCUACCAAAUAACGCCAUUACCAUUGAGAUUGCUCCUCAUGGACUUCUUCAAGCUAUUCUCAAAAAAUCCAUGCCAAAUGCAGUUCACACAGGACUUGCACAGCGAGGAAAUAAGGAUAAUGUCCAGUACUUCUUUACAGCUCUAGGAAAGAUCUACAUGAACGGCGUUGACAUUCCCAUCGAACGAAUGUAUCCUCCUGUUGAGUAUCCUGUUUCUCGAGGAACUCCUAUGAUAUCACCUCUUGUCAAGUGGGAUCACAGCGAAGAUUGGUACGUGACUAAAUUUGAAGCACAGAAAAUCUUGAAAUCUGGCGAACGGCACUGCAAAGUUCAGCUAACUAUGGAUGAUUAUGAGUAUAUAAGUGGACACGUAAUUGACGGUCGAAUCCUGUUUCCUGCUACUGGAUACCUCCAUUUGGUUUGGGAGACAUAUGGUAUGAUGAAGGGUGAUUUGUUCUUUGACAUGGAAAUUGAAUUCUCAGACGUACGCUUCCUACGUGCCACAAAUAUGACCAAGGAUACGGAAAUUGAAUUUCUUAUCAUGAUUCAACCAGGAACAGGACGAUUUGAGAUUACUGAAGGAUCAUCAGCUGUUGUAACUGGCUUUAUUAAACAACUCGAACCAGGAACAUCACUUAUCAGUUUCCCAGAUCCUGCACCAUCUAAAUUCCCAGUGCUGCAGACCAAGGACUUUUACAAGGAGCUGCGAUUGCGUGGUUACCAAUACAAUGGCUUCUUCAGGGCAGUUCAUGAAGCUCGUGGAGAUGGGCUAGUUGGAAAAGUGAAAUUUGAGCGGAAUUGGGUACCAUUCCUCGAUUGUCUCCUUCAGGUUCACAUUAUAGGCCAGGAUUCACGUUCGCUCAUGUUGCCGACACGUAUUCAGCGAAUGAGGAUCAACGGCCGUGAUCAUAUGAACAUGUUCAACGAAGAAAAUCCAUACUUUGAUGUGAAAGUUUCAAAGGAACUUAAUAUGAUCAGUUCCGGUGGCGUUGAAAUUGUUGGUCUCCACGCAAGUCCAGUGGCUCGUAGGCGCCCACCAGGUGUUCCUGUUCUUGAAACGUACAAAUUCAUUCCUCAUUUACCAGCACCACAGAUGUCUCAAAUUGAUGCAGUUAGAACGUGUGUUCAGCUCGCACUGGAGAACAAUCCCUCCUUCAAAGUGAAAGCCGUUGAAGUCGACACACGUGAAACCACGGAACCCAUAAUAACUUUCUUCCAAGAAGCACUUGGUGAUCUACCUCUAGUUUCAUCAGAUCUCAUGUACCUUACUGCUAGAGAAAUCGAGCUUACAGGUGUGCACGUGGAGAAUGGGAAGCUUUCCACACAAACCAACUGCAUGUUCGUCAUUGCAUCAGAUUGCCUCUCAAAUCCAGACUUUGUGGAGAAGUCUGUGGUGAGUCUUACGGAGAAUGCAUAUCUCGUAUCGCGUGAGCCGAAAGAACUACGAGUGGAAGAUAUUAAGGUACCUCCAGGUUUCCAAAUGAUCCUAUCUAUCCCGACAGAAGAUGAAACCAUUAUCAUGUGCCAUCGUUUGCGUCGCAAACUUAUUGGAAAUCCCACUGUUGUUAAAAUAUCCAUGGAGGACACAAAGUAUGAGUGGUUAAAUAGAUUGAGAGCUGGCAUGAAGACUGGUCCUGUAACAUUGGUCUCUGAAGGUGAACCAUUCUCUGGAAUAAUCGGUUUGGUGAACUGCCUGAGAAAAGAACCUGAUGGCUAUCUAAUAAGCUGUGUAUUUGUCGAUGAUCCCAGUGCUCCUCCAUUCGACUUUGACAAUCCCUAUUUUAAAUCUCAUCUUAAACUUAGCUUGGCCAUAAAUGUUUGUCGAAGCGGACGUUGGGGCAGCUAUCGACAUUUGAAGCUGGAACAUGAGAUGAAGCCUCAAACUACGACACAACAUUGCUUUGCUAAUGUUCUCACACGUGGUGAUCUUUCUUCUGUUACAUGGCUCCACGGGGGAUUAUCGCAACGCUUUUUCAAUGAGGAGGGUGUUGUUCAUGUAAUGUAUUCCUCUCUCAAUUUCCGAGAUGUUAUGCUGGCUACUGGGAAGCUCGCACUUGAAGUUAUUGGUACCACGCGUCUCGAGCAGGAAUGCGUUUUGGGUUUCGAGUAUUCAGGAAUCGACAAUCGAGGACGUCGUGUGAUGGGAAUGGUUAACUGCGGAGCUAUGGCAACACAUCUUAUCUCUGAUGAUAAGUUAACUUUCACUGUUCCUGAUCACUGGUCUCUUCAGGAAGCUGCAACGGUGCCAGUAGUUUAUCUUACUGUGUACAUUGCUUUCUUUAUUAGUACAACCAUCAAGAAGGGUAAAUCCAUCCUCAUCCACGCAGGAACUGGUGGUAUUGGCAUGGCAGCUAUUCGUGUAGCUUUUGCAUAUGGUUUAGAAGUUUUCACCACAGUGAGUACACCGGAGAAGAAAAAGUUCCUUUUGGAGAAAUUCCCUCAACUUAAGGAGAGUCACAUUGGGAAUUCUCGUAAUACCAGUUUUGAAAAGAUGGUCAUGCUCCAGACAAAGGGUCGUGGUGUAGACUACGUGCUAAAUUCCCUUGCAGAAGAUAAACUACAUGCGUCUGUGCGAUGCCUCGGAAUUGGUGGAAAAUUCCUCGAGAUUGGUAAAUUCGACAUGGCUAAUGAUAGCAAGAUUGGUCUUGGUGUUUUCCUGCGUGAAAUCUCUUUCUGUGCUGUUCUUGCGGAUAAUCUCUUCAAAACCACAUCAGACUACAAAGAAUUUCUCUUCAAUCUCAUUCGGCGUGACAUCGAUUCAGGAAUAAUUCAGCCACUUCCAUCGACUGUUUUUGAGGCUCAUGAGGUGGAGAAGGCUUUCCGAUUCUUGGCCAGUGGAAAGCACAUGGGGAAAGUUUUGCUGAAGAUACGUGAACAUGAGCAUAAGAAGGAGACAUAUCCCAUCACUAUUACUCCACGUGUUAACUGCGACUUUGACUUCUCAUACAUUAUCCCUGGAGGACUUGGAGGCUUUGGUCUAGAACUGGCUGAUUGGUUGGUCAUAAGAGGUGCCAGGAAACUCGUACUCAGCUCCAGCAGAGGCAUCACUAAGCAAUAUCAGGCGUACAGAAUAAGGAUUUGGGAAACUUAUGGAGCAAAGAUUGUCGUUAGUACGGUCAAUAUUGCUACGCGCGAAGGAUGUCAGCAGCUGAUCCAACAAGCUGCAAAAUUGGGUCCAGUGGGUGGCAUCUUCAACCUGGCCGUCGUCCUGCGAGACAGUAUCUUGGAGAAUCAAACUGUGGAAAAAUUCACUGAAUCCAUGGCACCCAAAGCUAUUGCUACAAUGUACUUGGAUGAGCUAAGUCGUACCAUGUGCCCGCAACUGGAGCAAUUCGUUGUCUUCUCUAGCGUUUCAUGUGGUCGUGGAAAUGCUGGACAAUGCAAUUACGGCAUGGCAAAUUCUGUGAUGGAGAGAAUAAUUGAGCGACGUGUUGCAGAUGGUCUCCCUGGAAAAGCAAUCCAAUGGGGUGCUGUUGGUGAAGUGGGUCUCGUUGCGGAUAUGCAGGAAGACAAGUUGGACAUGGAAAUUGGAGGAACGCUACAACAGAGGAUAUCAUCGUGUCUCACAGAAUUGGACAAUCUCCUCACAAGUGAUGAUCCCAUUGUGGCUAGUAUGGUUGUGGCAGAGAAACGUGCAGGAAGUGGAGGGAAGGGUAAUAUCAUUGACACCGUGAUGAAUAUCAUGAGUAUUCGGGACAUAAAAUCCAUAUCAAUGGAUGCAACAUUGUCGGAACUCGGAAUGGAUUCCCUGAUGGCAGUGGAAAUUAAGCAGACACUCGAACGUGAAUUUGAGCUCUUCCUCACACCACAGGAUUUGCGAUCGCUCACAUUUAUGAAGUUGCAAGAACUUGCGGAUAACCGUGAGAAAGAUGGCAGCGAGAAUGUGAAGCUGAAGCUUGCAAGUGAUGAUAAACCCGUGGGAAUGGCUAUGUUGCUGCGAAACUUGGGCGAUGAGACUAACAGUGAGAAGACCAUUCUACGUGUCAAGAGUCGCGAUGAGAACGUCAAGUACGUUUCAUGUGCUCUUAUCAUUCCUGGCAUUGAGGGUGUUGCUGGAAAUGCAUUCUACGCCAUCAGUGCGAAUAUCUCCCUUCCAGCCUUUGUGCUCCAACUCACCCACACCAUCGGACUCAAAACUAUUCCCGAGAUUGCAAGAGCAGUUAUUGAUGACAUCAAGAACGAAGUGAUGAAGUCAUCGGAAUUCUUCUAUCUCGUUGGGUACUCCUUUGGAGCCUUUGUAACGCUAGAAAUUGCAAGAUUGCUUGAGGAAUCAGGGAUGUCUGGGCAGAUUCUUCUCAUUGAUGGUGCACCAGCCUUCCUCAAACGAUUGGCCAUUGGACAGAUUUCCGAAGACUACACGGAUGAGACAGUUCAAUGUGUCCUGAUAUCUGGCAUCAUUCGUACCAUCUUCCCUGAUGAAAAUCCCGAGGAUCUCUUCGCAAGGAUAUCCGAAUUAAAGAAUUGGGAGGAACGCGUGAAUAAAUUGGUGGAGCUGGGUAAACAUCAGCAUGUCUAUUCGGAGGGAUACCUGCGCAAGAUGACCGAUGCGCUGUACAUGAGAAUCAAAGUAACUCUUGAAGUGGAAACGGAAACCCCGGUUCCUCUCAAGUGCCCGAUAACCCUUGUGCGCCCCACGGAAGUAUCCAUUGUGGACAUUGAUGAGGACUACGAACUCUCCAGAUACACUGAAGGUCCUGUAAAUCUUAAAUUCAUCGAGGGAAAUCAUAUUUCAAUGCUGGAGAACAGCAAACUCCCUCAAAUCAUCAAUGAUCUUGACCCCAAACUCGAAUCGGACAAAGCUUUCAAGAAGUACCUCACAAAUUAAGGAUCGUGGCUUCGUACGAGGAUCGAAAGGAUCGAAAUAAAAAUGCUAAUUGACUGGAAAUUCAUAAUGGUGUAAAGAAUCUGAUCUGUACAACUUCUUAUUCAAUAAAUAAUAAAACUUUAAUUAAACAA